UCAAAUUACAAGUUAAAAAAAUAAAAUAAAAACCUAAAAAUAAUAUAUGGGUGUGUCAAGUGAUACGGUGGAGAAAUCCGAUCUUCAGCGACCGUUAGUGGAUCCGACAAACUCGGAUCCAAAACCACCCAAAGAUGUCGGACUCGAGAGCGUUUUAACGGAUAGUAGCCUUUCGUGUCGGAGGCGCGUGUACUUAGGCGCGUGCAUAGAGUUGAAGGUACUCUUCAGGUUGGCACUUCCGGCGAUACUUGUCUAUCUAGUCAACAGCGGAAUGAGUAUCUCCGCUCGUAUAUUCUCCGGACAUCUCGGCGGUCAAGAACUCGCCGCCGCAUCCCUCGGAAACAGCUGCUUUUUUCUCGUCUACGGCCUCAUGUUAGGCAUGGGCAGUGCAGUCGAGACACUAUGUGGACAAGCAUAUGGAGCCCAACGGUUCGAUAUGCUUGGGACCUAUCUCCAACGAGCAACAAUUGUCCUCGCUUUAGUGGGUUUGCUCAUGACAGUUCUAUACACCUUCUCAUACCCGAUCCUACUCAUGUUAGGCGAACCCAAAUCAGUGUCUUACAAGGCUUCUUUGUACAUCGCUGGACUCCUCCCUCAAAUCUUCGCCUACGCCGUCAACUUCACGGCCCAAAAGUUCCUCCAGGCCCAAAGUGUGGUGAUUCCCAGCGCGUACAUCUCAGGCGCCGCCCUUCUCCUCCAAAUCUUGCUGACGUGGUUUGCCGUUAACGUAAUGGGCAUGGGCCUUAUUGGAAUCGCUUGUGUUCUUACAGUCUCAUGGUGGGUGAUGGUUGUGGCCCAGACUUUGUAUAUAACGUGUAAUGAAAGGUUUAAACACACGUGGACUGGACUUAGCUCGAGAUCGUUCCAAGGUCUUUGGAGUUUCUUUAAACUCUCUGUUGGGUCUGCUGUUAUGAUCUGUCUGGAAAUGUGGUACUCACAGGUUCUUGUUCUUCUCGCUGGUUUGCUUGAGGAGCCUGCUCUCUCUCUAGAUUGUCUCUCCAUCUGUAUGGCAGUUUCAGCAUUGUCCUUCAUGGUUUCUGUCGGCUUCAAUGCGGCUGCAAGUAUACGAACAAGUAAUGAGCUCGGAGCAGGGAAUCCAAAAUCAGCUUUGUUCUCUACAUGGACGGCGACUUUUGUUUCCUUCAUGAUCUCCGUUGGGGAGGCGCUCGUCCUAAUGGCGUCACGUGAUUACAUCAGCUACAUCUUCACGUCGGACGCUGACGUGGCUAAGGCCGUCUCUGACCUCUGCCCUUAUCUUGCCGUCACAGUCAUUCUCAACGGAAUCCAACCCGUCUUGUCCGGAGUGGCAGUAGGAUGUGGAUGGCAGACCUUCGUAGCAUAUGUAAAUGUUGGUUGUUACUAUGUUGUUGGUAUUCCCAUUGGUUGUGUUCUCGGUUUCACUUUCAAUUUGCAAGCUAAGGGAAUAUGGACCGGGAUGAUUGGAGGUACCCUCAUGCAAACUCUCAUCUUACUUUACGUCACGUAUAGAACAGAUUGGGAUAAAGAAGUGGAAAAGGCGAAGAAACGAUUGGAUAUGUGGGACGACAAGAAGGAUGCUGUCCAAAACUAGUUAUAGUAAGUCCGGAGGAGUGGAAGGCAAAAAAAAAAAAAAAGAAUAGCAAGUGUGUGGUCUGUGGAGGUGGUUUGAUGAAAAGAAGAUCCUUCUUUUUAAAAGAUUUUAGAAGUUGUAAAAUAGAAUAAAACUAUUCACAAGUCUUUGGGAAAACAUUGUUGGCUAAUUUGAUGGAUGGGUUUCCUCAAUCUGUUAAAGUUUGUUUUC